CUUAUUCUUAUUCCACAGUUCCGACACAAAAUGGAGGAACGAAUCACGUGCUUCCAGAAGUGAACGAUCGUGAGACAGACGGGCACGCUGUGAUGUAGAGGCCGAGGUAAACGAGUGAAUUCCAGGGAAUAAUCAACGCAACAUCGGACCCGCGCGAUGGAUGUCGGACUGAAGUAAAUGCUGACGAGGUACCGAUGUGAGAGCGAUCCGCCCGGCUAAUGGAUAAAGAAGUGCACAGUGCAUGGUGCGGUGUAAACAACAAGUUCUCUCUGAUGGAGCUCUGACACACAAAACGCUCAAUGGAGGAUCGGGACCGCAGCCGCUCUCCGUCACGCAGGACCAGCAAAGUAGAGCAGGUAGUAGGGCGCUGGCUUCGUCGUUCCAGAGAGUCCACGAGCAGAGAGCGCGUGUUGGACGACGACGGGCGAGGACCCGAUGCCAGUCCUCAGGAACAGAGAAGCUGUCCAGUCCGAGUGACCGUUCAGAUCCCACUGGACCUCGACCUCGAGUCCCACGGCUUCACUGUGUCCACACACACUCCAGCGCAGGUGGAGGAGGUCGUCGCAGGGGGUCCUGCAGACGGCAAACUCUUCCCCGGUGACCAGCUUGUGAAAAUCAACAACGUCGCUGUCGAUGAUCUGUCUACAGAGCAAGCUGCCGACGUUAUCAAGGAGUGCCAGGACACCAUAACAAUGACAGUCCUGAGAAUAGCAGUGGGGCCGAAGUCGUCCUUCAUAACCCCAGAGAAGAGGGCUAAGCUAAAAUCCAACCCGGUUAAGGUGCGCUUCGCCGAGGAAGUGGUCGUUAACGGCCACUCGCAGGGUAACUCUCUGCUCUUCCUGCCCAACGUCCUGAAGGUCUAUUUAGAGAACGGACAAACCAAAGCCUUCAAAUUCGAGCCCAAGACCACCGUUAAGGACAUUGUGAUGACCCUGAAAGAGAAGCUAUCGAUAUCCCGCAUCGAGCACUUCUCUCUGGUGCUCGAGCAACAGUACAGCAUCGCCAAACUCUUUCUGCUGCACGAGGACGAGCCGAUUCAAGAAGUGGUCCAGAAGAGAGAGCCUCAUGACUACAGGUGUCUGUUUCGUGUCUGCUUCAUGCCCAAAUAUCCACAAGAGCUGCUGGAGGAGGACCCCGUAGCCUUCGAGUAUCUCUACUUACAGAGCGUGAGCGAUGUCCUUCAGGAGAGGUUUGCUGUGGAGAUGAAGUGUAACACAGCGAUCAGACUGGCAGCUCUACACAUACAGGAGAGACUCGCCAGCACCGGCCAGUCUCCUAAAACACCGCUAAAGACCGUCGUGAAGGACUGGGGUAUCGAAAGCUUUGUCUCCAGCACCCUGCUGAAGAACAUGAGAGAGAAGGACUUGAGAAAAGCCAUCAGUUUACACAUGAAGAAGAUCCUUUUACAGGAACACAAGCAUAAGGCGAUGACAGUAAACCAGGCCAGACUACACUACCUGAGCGAGAUGUCUGAACUCAAGUCUUACGGGGGAAAAUCCUUUAGCGCCACCCUGAUGCUGCAAGACAGGGAGUCUACGGUGAGCCUGUUGGUGGGGGCACAGUACGGGGUGAGUCAGGUGAUCAAUCACAAGCUGAGCAUCAUGACCACACUGACGGACUUCAGCAGCAUCACCAGGGUGGAGCUCGUAACGGAGUCGGAACGCGUCAGCCUGGUCAAGAUCUACAUGCAGGAUAUAAAGCCCAUAACCUUGCUGUUGGAGUCCGUGCCUGCUAAGGAUUUGUCGUGCCUGGUAGCUGGUUACUGCAAAGUAUUCAUAGAUCCUCAAAUCUGCGUGUUCCCCUGGACAGCCGAGUCAAAGGGCCACCGUAUAUCUGCAGAAGAAGGUUAUGUAUCAAGAUGCUGCAGUGACUCCGAAGACUCCGAAGUGGAUGCUCUGCUUGUUCAUGCUUGUUCAAGUCCUACCCAGGCUGACGCAAACAUCACUUCGGUCGCAGGACAGGAGGAAGAAAAGACCAACGCAGAAGAAGAGGAGGAUGCGGAAGACAAGAGUGAAAAAGAAAGCGUGGAGAACGGUGCUGGAGAAACAAAGAAAGUAAGACUAGAGGAUCAGGCUGAUUCCGUGCAUGCCGUUGAAGGAGAGGCAGUAGGACCCGAUGCGGAAAACCACACGUUGGAAACCGAGGAGGAGGAGCCACCAUGCGUCAUCAUUGUGGAGGACCCACCAUCAGAAGCAUCGGAUUCAUUUCAGACAGACUCGCGCUUCGUAACCAGCAUGUCCAGCGACUCCAUGGACGCUUUAGAGGAGGACGACUUUUUGACCUACUUCUCCACUAACAGCGUCAGCCAGCUGAGCGUUAGAGACCAUUACCUCCAUGUCGAUACUCGUACACCGUGUCCGAGUCAGCCGGAUUGCCAAGACGGCGAUUUCAACGAAGAACCAUGUUCCAUCGAUUUCCCCGACGACGAAUUCUUAUGUCUUGCCGCCCUGUCUAACAUCGCAGAAUGUCUACCCAGUCCCACCGAGGCCAGUGAGGACGAAUAUUCGGAACAGGGAGACGACGAUGAACAAGAAGCACCAGAGGACGUCUUCGAAAGCGCCGAGCCUGCUCGUGGAGAAGCUGUGUUCACGUUCAACCAGGGCGAUGUACGAUGUUACUACAACAUCUGCUCGAAUGUAACGCCCGAUAGCGGUCACGUCCAUGCAAGAACAGCUUCUGCUCACCACACUCGUGAAGAAAACAAAGCAGAGGCGGAGAGGGAGUCCGAGCCGGUGCCCAUCCUUCUGCCUCCCCCAGGUUUUGGGGACAGUAGCUCAGACGAUGAGUUCUUUGACGCCCAGGAGAAAUUCAUUCCUGAGGAACCUUUGUCAGCACCAAUGCCUAAAGGACGUUCUAGAGAUUCGAGCGUCACGAAGCGUACUCUGAGCCUAAGCCACAUCGGCACCGGUGCCGGCGAACGAAAGAAGCGAGAAGGAGAGAGUAAAAACAGAGAGAGAAAAGAUCAAGAAAAACUAAAGACGGAGACGAAAAACGAGGUUCCCAGGUUCCGCAAGAGAAGCAGAAAGCGCCGUUCCUUCAUGGAAACCGAGUACACGUCUUUAGUAUCGUUUCCUGAAAAAGAACGAACGAAAACGUACAACCGAAUCCCAAAUCAUUGGUUGGGACGUAGGCAUCUCAGUGAAAGCCACCUCGGUGGACCGUCAAAUCGAAGCUCCUGCCCCACGGUCUCAUCUCUAACAAAUGCUGAGGGCGAGCCAGCAGAAAUGGAAUCGAAACCCAUCACCCAGUCCAACCCGAGUCACCAUCUCCUGCACGGUAACAAAAUCAGCAAGGCAAGUCAGCGGAAACAGCAGGUUAUACUGAUGGAACCAGAUUCCAUGGAGUUUAAGUCUGUCACCGAAAUCAUGUCUACUGCCUCGCCUUCUAUUGUCGCAGUACGCACUUCUACAGAGCCUAAAGUAAAAUCCAACGUCACGAGCAGAGCUGAUGGACUUGAAGAAGAAAGUGCAGUUGAAAGGUUGCUUGACGGUCACUUGUUUUUUGGCACUCCUAGCAGUGACGAUGCUUUACCUGUGAAAAUAAACGACCAAGAAUCCCUGAUAGAAGGUCCAUUUCAGGAACCCUUGCUGAGGAAAAAGAGCUGUUCACUUCCACGAUUAGACCAAACACCUGCAUCUAGCUCGCUUUCUUUGAAAGUCCCAACCAUAUCCUUCACCCAGAACCCUGGCAUGGACAGACUUGAUGUAGACAGUCUGGAAAUGGGCACUCAGAAAUGUUCAGUAGGGCCAACAGAGAGAACAAGAAGAAGUCAGAGCAUGUCUGCAGUAUCUGAGAGCAGCGGUCUCUUUUGUUUAACGAGGCACCUCUGUCCUCAGACGGAACCUGUAGUCCGCACAGCAGAACCACAUUCUGGUGACACAGACAGUUCUGGCGACCCGUUCACCCAAGAACCAUCCUCCACUGUAUCCCCUGGGCCGCAGUGUUCUUCACGCAUCCUUGGUCGCCUCUCUACUUCAGCAAUGCGGGGAAAGACCCAGGACUUGCCCCUGUACAUGUCUCGUUCCCAGGAAGCGCUAACCAGUGACAGUAGUCUUGUAGAUGACGCCAAACAAGCAAGGAGAUUUUCUGAAAAUAUGACCACAACUCAGGUAAAGUCUGAAGAGCUCACGGAGGUGGUUGAAGAGUUUGGGGAAGUAGAUCGCAAUAAUUCUUACGUGGAAAGAGAACAGAAAAGUGAACCCGAAGAACUCUCUUGGACUCUGAAGUCACCUUCGGGCCUGAAAUCGGUUGACCCUGUCAAAAUCGGCCCUUCGUCUCUUGUGGUUACGACGCAGAAACCUAAUGGACCGUGGGGUGUGGUGACGUCACAAGAGAUCAGCAGAUUACAAGCAGGAAGCAGCCGUCGUGUGGGUGCACACUCACAACCUCUCACACAUUACGAAUCCAAUCCCACCAACACCCAGCCACAGGCUCUGCCUGGCCCAAAUCUACACGCAAAGCCCGACCUUACUUGCAGCUCAGUGCUUGCCUCAGUGUGUGAGACAGUAAUCGAGAGUGCUGAAACACCGAUGGAGGUUUGCGGCUGCCAAUCAGCAUACACCAAAUGCUUCAGCAGCGUCUUGGACAAUGGGAGUUUUGAUGACGAACUGACUGUCUAUGAGUUCUCCUGCAGGACACAGCAAAGCAUGCGUGACCGAGUAGUGGCGGUGACAUCUAUCCCUUCAUCCCUUUCUGGUUCCUCUUCCUCUUUUUCACCAUCCUCACCCCUUCCAGCUUUCUCUCGUGUGGUCCUGCCGCCGUCCUCGUCCGCAGAACUCGGCCCUCUUCUGUCGCCCCUGGACUGCUUCCUCUCUGAUCCUCAUGGAGACGCUAUCACCGCCUUACUGGCCCAACAUUACCCCUUACCACCGACAGGCUUCCUGGCUCUGCAGAGAGAUGUUGACACACUAUUAGCAGUCCUGGAUGGUGCCACGAAGGAACAAGAUUGCAUCCAAGAGCAUCCCAGAGACACUUGCGCAGACCACUUUUCUGAAAACAAGCGCAGGCUGCAUGUGGAGGCGCGAGGGUUUCUGGCUGGCUGUCAGCAGGUAGUGAAGGCCGGGCAGACCCCAGCGGAGACGCUGCAAGCUCUAGCGGACAGUUUUCACUCACUGGUGCAGCUGACGGCCGUGUGCCUGAGUUUCUCUAGCUGCCAGAGGUGCCAGGAGCGCCACUCUCAGACCUUGUCGGGACUUGCAGACGUUGCGCAGACCUAUCAGGAGUUUGCACGGGCGGCAGAGCGCUUGGGCAUGGCCGCGGAAAGGAGGACAUGCCAUGAACUCAGUAUUAAACUCCUGGCCCGCCAGUGUACCGCGCUAACAACCUCAGUCUUCUGCCUAACACAGCUAUUCCGUACCCUCACGGCCCUUUGACCUUCGAACGAUAACGUCUUGCAGACGUCUGACUCGGCCAAAUAUGAGCUACGUAAGGCAAUUAUGAUAUAAAUAUGUAAAAGCCUAACUAUAGCAACCUAACUAUUGUGUCCAAAGAUGCUGACCUUUUAUCGAUGAGCACACACACACACACACACACACACACAACACAAAAUCAGGGUGACACUGCUUACGAAUGGACUCACACACACACCGACAAUCACUUGAUUAAAAUCGGCAUGUGGUAUUGUUACUUCGUCAGUGUUUUUAGUUUGAUUGUAUGAAAUUAUUUUCUUAUUCCAGAUCUAUGUACUUUAGUAGGUUUCUUGAAUUCAUUAUUGGCAAUUUUGGUUUUUUGGGGUUUUUUUUUUUUUUGCACAGUGUAGCAGUUACGCACAAGAGCAGGACCUAACCUCGCCCUUUUCUUCUUUCCUCGUCCUCCUUUAUCUUUUUGUCUUUCUGUUUCACGCAUAUGCACGCUUGCCUCUAAAUCAAACUUUAUAAAAACUCACCAGAGCAGAACGAACAAAGGCUCAGUGUUUAGCAGACACUAACGGUGAUCUGUUAAUGACCAGGAACUAAAUGUUCUAUAUUUUGAGCAGGCAUACCAAAGGAUACGAAUAACUAAGUUGUACUUGUUGUUGUUUUUUUUUAGGUUUUUUUUGUAGAUGGAAUACGACCCGUUUUCAUUAUUUGAGUUUCCAUAAGCUGUAUUAUAACCAUUUUAUUUAUUUAUUUUUUUACUAUAGGCAUUAUUCAUUAAACUUUAUUUAUACGGGUAGAUCGUUUCACAAAGUCCGAUCAGAUCCACAGAGAUGAGUUCUUGCUUGGUGUUUGGCGUCUAGCAUCUGAAAUUUAUUUGCGCUUAAUUUUAGUCACUUUAGUACUGUAAAGGAAACUCUCUUCUAAAGACCCGAAUCCCAAUUUUGGAACGACUUAUAACGGGAGCAGGCGAUUUAGCUUUAACGGUCACCGAAAUACCAGAUCAGGAUUGUGAUAAUACUUUUUCAUUCAGGUGUGUGGACUAACCUGGAAGCUGCUGUGCACUGUCCUUUAUUAGGCAUGCUUCAUACCAUACACAUACUGUACUUUACCAUUUACUGUACAACACGGACUGGAUGAAUGCAUGCAGAAGCCAAAGCACGACCUGAUCCAGAGAGCGUCCGUGGCUCAGUCGCCGACCAGUCAAAUGAGGGAACGGACGAACGUAUGACUGUCUACAUGAUGAAAUGCAAUCUCUUGCUUUGUAAUGCAGUAUUCGCUAUUAAAAAAGAGACUCGAAACGACUCGUGUUUAAGUGUCUCGCGUCUAGCAGUGUUUCGUUUCGUUUCGUCGUUACGUUAUGUGAUCUCAUACAGCAGUCCCUCCAGGAUUUCACGAUUUUUGCCAUGGCAGAAACGAACGGCCAAAACUCAGAGCGAUAUUCGGUGGAGCUUUCAAUUUUUCAAAAUGACAGCAGAUGUUACUGACAAACAUCACUGCGAAAGCCCGAUUUCGUGCAAUUGCAAUUUCACCAAUUGAAGUAAUUUUCCACACACGCACACAUAAAAAAAACAAAAAAACAACAACUCCAC